AUGACGGAUCCCAAAGUUGAUUGCUCCUCUCUACCCACUUAUACAGCUCACUUAGUGCCCUGUAAAGUGAGAUACACUGGCGCAACAGAGGAGUUUAAGGAUAACUUUCAAAUGGAUCUCUCACACGGCGAAUCUCUCAAGAAAGUCGAACCUGACUCCCAACACAAUACUUCCCACGUCACUUACUUCAGGGGUAGAAAGGUAAUGGGCCAAGAGAUUUUGUCCUCCAGUGAUUAUGAAGCGUUCCUGAUGAGCACUUCAGAAGCAUCGGAUGCGUCAGAAACAAAAAUAGCAAAGCCAAUAGCCAAACUUUCAAGUGUCAUCAACUAUGAAAGAGACGGGAAUGAAGAUAGGCUACGAGAGGAGAUAGACAAAUUCAAUGAGUUUAUUGAACUCAAUGAUAUCGUUCAUUCAUAA